AUGGAGCACUCAACCGCCUCCUCCCAUUUCAAGCUCUCAGCAACCUCAUGCGGCACCUGCGCCGUCCACUUCGACAACCCCGACACCCGUCGCGCCCACUCAAAAAGCCAAUGGCACGUCACGAACCUCAAACGGCGCAUGGCCGACCUCGAGCCCCUCACCGCGGAACAGCACGCCGCGACCGUCUCCACACAAUCGGCCGCCGGUCCGGCUAGGGGACCCACAACGGAAUCCGAUGCUUCGUCUUCAUCUGCCUCUGACGCCGAUCUGAGCGACCCCGAAGACGACGACGACGAUUUUACCCUGGAACAGUGCUUAUUCUGUAACAAAACCUCGGAAUCGCUUGACGAUAACGUCGCGCACAUGCAUAAAGCGCACGGGAUGUUCAUCCCAGAUAAGGAAAAGCUCAUCGUCGACGUUGAGGCGCUAGUGAAGUAUCUCCACCUCGUCGUCUUCGGAUAUCGCGAGUGUCUGCAGUGCGGCACGCAACGACGGACGGCUGCAGCGAUACAGCAGCAUAUGCUUGGGAAGGGCCACUGCCGCUUCGAUGUCACGGCGGAGGACUCAGAGUUUAGGGAUUUUUACGAGCAAUCUUUAGAGGAUGAAGAGAAUACUGGGAAAGAAUGCGACGUGAGGAAAGCCGUGGCAGAUGCUUUGGAAGAAGGCGGCUCGAUUUGUCUGCCUUCUGGGAAGCAGCUCUCUCACCGCUCUGCUCCGGGACCAUCCAGACCUCGUAACAGGAUUGGCGCCAAUACUGAGCCAGCUGCCUCGGACAACCUCGUCGCUGAAGGCUCUUCGGGUAUCAACGAGUCAGAAGCAAGCUUCCAGCUGACAGCACCGUCUGGGCCCGGCAAGAAACUCGAUACGAAAGCCUUGACGCGCGCCGAGAAGCGGGACGUCGUCUUUGAGACACAGCUUUCCCGCUUGAGCCUCAACGAUCGCUCAGCGCUUGCGCAUCUGUCGUCUGCUGAGCAGCGAAGUGUCUUAUUGACGAAGCAGAAGCAACUGGACAAGGCGGAGAAGGCUGCUAGGAGGCUUCAGACCAGGUUGGAGAUGAAGGCGAAUAAGACUGGGCAGGGGAACUUUGUGAAUGAUGUUCCUGGGCGAAAGAAUGGUUGA